AUGGACCUUUCCGACUCGAGAGCGCCUGUUCGCAUGGCGAAACGGGUGCAGUUCGGAAUCCUGAGCCCUGAUGAAAUUAGACGGAUGUCGGUUACCGAAGGAGGAGUGAGAUUCUCCGAAACGCUGGAAGGCGGACGACCGAAACUUGCCGGACUGAUGGACCCGCGUCAAGGUGUGAUCGACCGGACGUCCAGAUGUCAGACCUGCGGCGGUAACAUGACCGAGUGUCCCGGACACUUUGGACACAUUGACCUGGCGAAACCCGUGUUCCACAUUGGCUUCCUCACCAAGACGAUCAAGAUUCUUAGAUGCGUGUGCUUUUAUUGCUCUAAGCUUCUCGUUAGUCCGAAUCACCCGAAGAUCCGCGACGUGGUGCUCAAGUCCAAGGGCCAGCCCCGUCGGCGCCUGGCAUCCGUCUACGACCUCUGCAAGGGCAAGAUGAUCUGCGAAGGCGGCGACGAGAUGGACGCCAACGACGAGAUCCCCGAGGACGCCCUCAAUCCCACGAAAAAGCCCGGCCACGGCGGCUGUGGGCGCUAUCAACCCAUGGUCCGUCGCACGGGCCUCGAACUCUUUGCCGAGUGGAAACACGUCAACGAAGACUCGUCUGAGAAGAAAAUAUCUCUGGGUGCGGAACGCGUCUGGGAAGUGCUGCGGAGGAUCACGGACGAGGAAUGCUACAUUUUGGGAAUGGACCCCAUGUACGCGCGUCCCGACUGGAUGAUCAUCACUUGUUUACCAGUGCCGCCGUUGUGCGUGAGACCCGCCGUCGUCAUGUUUGGGUCGGCGAGGAACCAGGACGAUUUGACUCACAAGUUGUCCGACAUUAUCAAGUGCAACAACGAGUUGAAGCGGAAUGAAUCGUCCGGCGCUGCGGCGCACAUCAUUUUGGAGAAUAUCAAGAUGCUGCAGUAUCACGUGGCGACUUUGAUUGAUAAUGAUAUUCCGGGGUUGCCGAAGGCCAUGCAAAAGUCUGGGCGUCCCUUGAAGGCGAUUAAAGCGAGGCUGAAGGCGAAGGAAGGACGGAUUCGUGGGAACUUGAUGGGCAAGCGUGUGGACUUUUCCGCCAGGACGGUUAUCACUCCGGAUCCGAAUUUGUUCAUUGAUGAGUUGGGUGUUCCGAGGAGCAUUGCGCAGAAUCUCACGUUUCCGGAGAUUGUGACGCCGUUUAAUAUAGACGAUUUGACUGUGUUGGUGAAGCGAGGGAAUUCUCAGUACCCAGGGGCCAAAUACAUAAUCCGGGACAACGGAGAACGAAUCGACCUGAGGUUUCAUCCCAAGCCUGCGGAUUUGCAUCUUGCCAUCGGUUACAAGGCCCCGCUGAUAUUUCCAAUUUUUAAAUACGCCGCGAACAAAGUGGCGUUUUUCGGCAGGUACAAUAUAUUUGAAAAAUGGGGGUGGACAGCCACACCUAUGCAUCAUGGUCAAAAUUGUGGGAACUUGAUGGGCAAGCGUGUGGACUUUUCCGCCAGGACGGUUAUCACUCCGGAUCCGAAUUUGUUCAUUGAUGAGUUGGGUGUUCCGAGGAGCAUUGCGCAGAAUCUCACGUUUCCGGAGAUCGUGACGCCGUUUAAUAUUGACGAUUUGACUGUGUUGGUGAAGCGAGGGAAUUCUCAGUACCCAGGUGCCAAAUACAUAAUCCGGGACAACGGAGAACGAAUCGACCUGAGGUUUCAUCCCAAGCCUGCGGAUUUGCAUCUUGCCAUCGGUUACAAGGUUGAGCGACACGUGCGAGACGGCGACCUGGUCAUCUUCAACCGCCAGCCAACCCUGCACAAGAUGUCCAUGAUGGGCCAUCGCGUCAAAGUCCUGCCCUGGUCCACGUUCCGCAUGAACCUGAGCUGCACUUCGCCCUACAAUGCGGACUUCGACGGCGACGAAAUGAACAUGCACGUGCCGCAGUCGAUGGAGACCCGGGCCGAGAUUUUGAAUUUGCAUCUCACGCCGCGAAUGGUUGUGACGCCGCAGUCCAACAAACCCGUCAUGGGCAUUGUGCAAGACACGCUGACUGCUGUGAGGAAGAUGACCGUACCCACUCUAGAAAUACCCAAUGAUACGUUCAUGUGGGUCAACCCUCGCAAACAAUUGUUCUCUCUGAUCAUCCCGGGGAACCUGAACCUCAUGCGAACCCACUCGACUCACCCGGACGACGAAGACGAUGGUCCUUACAAGUGGAUUUCUCCGGGAGACACGAAAGUGCUCAUUGAAGGCGGCGACUUGUUGAUGGGGAUUUUGUGCAAGCAAACCUUGGGUGCUUCGGGGGGUUCGUUGUUGCACGUGUGCUGGCUAGAGUUGGGGCACGAGUUGUGUGGCCAGUUGUACUCGCACAUCCAGACGGUUGUGAAUAAUUGGCUCAUGAUUGAGGGUCAUUCCAUCGGGAUCGGGGACACGAUUGCCGACAAGCAGACUUACUUUUUGGGGCACGAGUUGUGUGGCCAGUUGUACUCGCACAUCCAGACGGUUGUGAAUAAUUGGCUCAUGAUUGAGGGUCAUUCCAUCGGGAUCGGGGACACGAUUGCCGACAAGCAGACUUACUUUGAGAUCACCAACACGAUUCGCAAGGCCAAGGAGGAUGUCAGUGAAAUUAUUUUGAGGGCUCACAAUGAUGAAUUGGAACCAACGCCCGGCAACACUCGUAGACAAACAUUCGAGAACAUGGUGAACAGGAUUUUGAACGACGCUCGAGACAAAACGGGUUCUUCUGCGAAGAAAUCUCUGACUGAGUACAACAAUUUGAAAGCCAUGGUCGUGGCAGGCUCCAAAGGAUCAAACAUCAAUAUAUCACAGGUUAUCGCCUGUGUGGGCCAGCAAAACGUGGAAGGCAAGCGGAUCCCGUUCGGGUUCCGGAAACGCACGCUACCCCAUUUCAUCAAGGACGAUUACGGACCCCAGUCCAGAGGCUUUGUCGAGAAUUCCUACCUCGCCGGCUUGACGCCCACCGAGUUCUAUUUCCACGCCAUGGGAGGACGGGAAGGUCUCAUUGACACGGCUGUAAAGACUGCCGAAACGGGCUACAUUCAACGACGACUCAUCAAGGCUAUGGAAAGCGUGAGUGUGGCCUAUGAUGGCACGGUGAGGAACUCUGUGUCGCAGUUGAUUGUCGACGCUAUGCCGCUCCUGCCGGACCGACGGCUCAAACACCUCAAACUGCGAUACGGCGAGGACGGCCUGGCUGCCGAGUUUGUGGAGUUUCAGAAUCUGACGUCCAUCAAGCCGUCGAAUAUUGCGUUUGAGCGGAAGUUCAAGCUGGACCCGUCGAAUGAAAGGUAUUUGAGGCGUGUUUAUCGCGAGGACAUCGUCAAAGAAAUCAUGAGCAGCGGAGAGAUCAUCGGAGCCCUGGAGGAAGAAUGGCUCCAACUCAAGGCGGAUCGACAAGCCUUGCGGAAAAUCUUCCCCACUGGCGAGAGCAAAGUCGUUUUGCCCUGCAACAUGACGCGAAUGAUUUGGAAUGCGCAGAAAUUGUUCAAGGUCAAUGCCCGGGUGCCGAGUGACCUGAGCCCGUUGCGUGUCAUUCGGGGCAUUCAGGACUUGCUCAACAGGUGCACUAUCGUGCAGGGCGACGACAAGCUGAGUGUGCAGGCUAAUGAUAAUGCCACACUGCUUUUUAGAUGUUUUGUGAGGUCGACGCUUUGUAGCCGACGCCUGGCAGACGAAUUCAAAUUGUCUUCGGAAGCCUUCAACUGGCUUAUUGGAGAAGUCGAGACGCGAUUCGUUAAGGCGAUGGCGCAACCCGGGGAAAUGGUCGGCGCGUUGGCGGCCCAGUCUCUGGGAGAACCCGCCACCCAAAUGACCCUCAACACUUUCCAUUUCGCCGUAUUGCAUCUUCAAUGA